UCUCAGAUACAGAUACAACUCAGAAGGCGACGGAUGUCGAGAUAGCAGGAGAAAGCCAGCAGAACAACCAAGUGAACGAACUCGAAAAUACGAAAGAAACGUGUAUAUUGUGUGUGCGAGAAGACAACAACAAAGAACUAACUAAAUAAAUAUUCAUUGUGCCUCCGAGCCGAGGAGAAAGUCAUUGAGUCAUCAAAACGUCGGCAAUUGUGCAAUUCCAAAAAAGGAAACUAAAGACAAAGGGAUCCCAGGUCCAAAACAAUGGCAGUGGCAUUCUACAUUCCCGACCAGGCGUCGUUGCUGCGGGAGGCCGACCAGCGGGAGCAGCAGCUCCUCCGUCUGCGGGAGUCCCAGUGGCGGUUCUUGGCCACCGUCGUCCUGGAAACAUUGCGUCAAUAUAGCCAGUGCCUUCCAAAAACUGGAAGGAAAUGCGCCAAAUAUCGCAAGCCAUCGCAGUGAGCAAUUGAGUAAACACCAGCUUAAGAGGACAACUACUACUAGCCGCCUAUAGACCAGUCCAGAAUCCAGAGUACAAAAGACACCACAACAACAACGCAGCCAACCCACAAAAACAAAUAGCCUUUUAAUGUUCACUCCAAAUCAGUCAAGGAUCCCCGAAGAAUUUUAAGUUUACUCAUCAAAGCGAUUGUGAUAAUGGUUUUGUU